AUGUUUUCGAAAGGUAUAUUCGUUGUUACUCUCUUUAUAUUAUACAAAAUUACGUUAAACAAUGCAAAUAAAGAAAUUCAAAAGUACAUAGACAGAAAAUUUAAAUUACACCAAGGUUACCCGUUAGAUUCACUGCUUAACUUUACAGAGUUAACCGCAAAAUAUGGAUAUCCAUCUGAGGAGCACACCGUUGUAACUGAGGAUGGGUACAUUCUAACCAUUUUUAGAAUUAUCAGAGGAAAGAAAUGUCAAGGGCCUAUAAGAUCGCCCCCAGUUUUACUAAUGCAUGGCUUGCUGAUGAGUUCUGAUGCUUGGCUGGAUUCGGGCCCUGAAUCUGGUCUUGCGUAUCUACUAUCAGAUGCCUGCUAUGACUUAUGGGCAGGAAACACCAGAGGUAACUAUUAUGGGAAGAGACAUCGGACUCUUAAUCCUGAAACUGACAUCGAUUUCUGGCAAUUUACCGUCAAUGAAAUUGGUAGUUUUGAUAUGCCGGCUGUGAUUGACUACAUUUUAAACUAUACGUCUUCAGAAAAUAUUAAUUAUAUUGGAUACUCACAAGGGGCUAGCACUUACUUUAUCAUGUGUUCAGAGCGAAAGGGAUACUGCGAUAAAGUCCAAGUACUCAUUGGCUUGGGGCCCGAUUCAAGGAACACUUACACGAAAUCUAUAUUUUCCAGAUUAGUAGCAAAAGCUUAUCAGGAUUUAUAUCCUACCCUGACUGAAGUUGGUUUUUACGAAGCAUUACCUUUGGGCGGUAUCGUUCAGCAGACUAUUGCUUUCUUUUGCCGGGACUUUGUUAUCGCCGACACGUUUUGCAGAGCCCUAUUGAGUAUGUUCGACUCGCCCCAUCCCGGGUCAGCUGAAACUCAAACUAUACGCGUCCUUGUGGGUCAUUUUCCUGCAGGUACGUCGGUAAAGAAUAUGGUAUGGUACAGUCAGUCUUUGAAUGUGGACGACUUCCAGCAUUUUGACUACGGAACCAGGGCAAACAUGGAACUUUAUGGUUCUCUUAAACCACCUGCGUUCAAUCUUAGCGCAACUACGACUCCGACGGUUGUGAUAAGUGGAAAGAACGACUUUUUAGUUGUACCAGCUGACCAGGAAUGGUUAACGAGUCAUUUGCCUAAUGUGUUGGAACAUUAUAUUGUAGAAGACUCUCUUUGGAAUCAUCUUGAUAUAGCAUAUAGUAAAUUAACAGGUAAAGAUAUAUUACCGAAAAUUCUUGAAUAUUUAUCAAAAUAUAGCUACGAAACAGAUGUGGGAUUUUAA